AUGGCAUCACCUAACAAUUUUAAUACACAGGUUGAGAAUUCAGUAAACGUUAAAACCAAAUCAACUAAAAUAAAUCAUGCAAAAUUACAGAAAAAAUUACAAAUCAAAGAAUCCGAAUCAGUAUUAAGCGAUGUCAAGUCUAGAAUAUCACAAGCACGUCACUGGUUGGGAAUUAUUGAGCCUUUGAAAGAAUUGCGCGGGUUGAGAAAUCAGGCUGCACAGGCUCGAGGGGAGAAAUUGAGUUUGGUUCAUCAUGAGGAUUUUAUCAACACAAUGAAUAAAUUAAAAGAAAUCUGGGAAGCAAAGUUAGCGCACUACGUAAAAGAAGAGCAAGAUUUAAAAAAAUCAUUGAACAUCCAUUACGAAAAGCAGUUUCCAAAAACAUUCGAGGAAGAAUGGAAAAAGACUUUGUUUGGUGAGAAUGCUGCAGAUUUUCAAAUAAACAGCAUUCAAGAAUUCGUCGCGAUAAGAUCCUGUUGGGACCAAUUCAUAGUCCCCCCAAAUGAUGCCGAAGGCUCCAAAAUUCCCAUAGGUUACGUCAUGCCCGUCGAACCAAGUUCGGAUUCUUGGAAAAAGUAUUUAAGUAAUGAUAAAUGAAGUACAAUUAGUAUUUUAGCAUUUCAAAGCAUUUCUUUAGUAUAAAUUGUGUGUUACUUUUAAAUAUAUUUUAAAAAUGUAAAAUAAGUAUUAAUGAAUAAUAUUAUUAGU